AUUCCAAGGUAGGAAUCGGUGACACGUCACAGCGUAUAAUGUUAUUGUGGCUAAAGGCGAGUUUUGUUUAUCCCAUGAUGUUUUAUUCAGAGUGCAAGAUUAUUUAGUGAACGCUCCUCCCUCUGUUGCUUCUGACACUGUGGAAUUUUAUUAUUGCGAGAGAAGGCCACGGGAUGGCGUUCUUGAGAUCUACAUCUUGUUAGCUCCUAUACAAGGACUGUUACCCACCCAAAUCUUCAUGCUUUCUGUCGAUGGGUCUGUAAGGUUUUUGGGGAGCUUCUUGGACACCGCCAUACAGAAGUCAAUGCUGAUCAGUGGACUUGAACUCGUAAACGGGGCUACUUAGCUACCGCAGCGGGAUAAGAGUUCCGUGUUUUGGGGAAUCGAGUUGUGGGGGAUGGGUGAAUGAGAAGCCAGAGGAGCGAAUUUGAAGGAAUCCUGAGUGACACGUCUUCCGUCCAAUGAAAAUCUCUUGCGCAGACACAGUGGCAAGUUUAUAGCCAAUCAGCUAUCACAACCGGCAGUCUCUCGCCGCAAAAUCUGAGGUGGACCUACCUUCACAGAACUGAACAUUUCAGCGUGGUUAGUCUUCUGUUUGUGGGCUGCGGCGUCCUCUUUGUCUUGCUGCAGUCGGCUGUGUGUUUGAUGCAGGUUCUCUUCUACUGGACAGCAUUUCUGAACGUCAUUCAUCACAUUAUCAUGGCUCUAGUUUAUCAAUGACCUGAAAGAGAUGAUAGCAGAGCCAAUAGCUACCAGAUCCUCAGUACAAAAAGAGAACUCGGUUGAUGUCACUUCCUCUGGUUCAGCCAGUCACACCCUAGGCGGAGUAAGCAAUGAAAACAGACAGAAGAGUCUGAGAGGGAAGAGGAAAGCUCGGGAGGUGUCAGAGAAUGCCAAGCGCAGAUGCUCAGAGCAAAUCCGCAGGGGCCCGGGCCGGCCGCCACUUGAUCGCCCCAAAAAUGGGCCCGUGGAGGCUGUCACCCUGUUCGAAGUGAUCUCCAUGGGGAGGAGCGUCAUGCAGGCGGUGGUGGAUGACUGGAUCGAGGCCUACCACACGGACAGGGACACUGCCCUACUGGACCUCAUCAGCUUCUUCAUCCAGUGUUCAGGAUGCAAAGGUCUUGUCACAGCGGAGAUGUUCCAAAACAAACAGGACACUGAUGUCAUGAGUAAAAUGGUGGAGGAGGUUGAUGAGGGGUCAGGCUUACAGUAUAAAAAGUUCCUGGCCUUCCCUUGGAUUCUCACUGUCACAUGGCCUUUGCACAUGGACAGUGGUCAGUACCCCCUCGCCUUGCCCGGCUCGUACUGGAGAAGGUUCUGCAACGACUUCUGCGAGUUUGUGUCGGUGCUGGUGGCCCGGAGUCAGUACACCAUCAUCUACGACAGCCACCUGAUGGACACGCUCAUCUCGCUGCUGACAGAGCUGUCUGACUCGGGGGUGCGGGCCUUCCGACACACCUGCACGCUGGCAGCUGUGAAGGUCCUCACUGCCCUGGUGGGCGUGGCUCUGAACCUCAGCGUCAGCGUGGACAAUAGCCAGCGGCUCUACGAGGUGGAGAAGGGGCAGUCGCCCUCCAAACGGGUGGCGUCCAGGCUGGAGAAGGUCGAGGCGAAGAUUGCGGAGUUGCAAGACAAGAGCUGCGAAAUCGAAAACAUGAUGGACGCCAUUUUCAAAGGAGUUUUUCUUAAGCGGUAUCGAGACGUGAUCCCUGAGAUCAGGGCCAUCUGCAUUGAGGAGCUGGGCAUCUGGAUGAGACUGUACAGCUCUGCGUUUCUCAAUGACAGCUACCUGAAGUACCUGGGAUGGAUGCUGUAUGACAAGGAAGCGGAUGUGCGUUUGAAGUGUCUAUUGAGUCUACAGGUGCUGUAUGGAGACACACUUCUCAACUCCAAGCUUGACCUUUUCACAAGCCGCUUUAAGGACCGGAUAAUCUCCAUGACGCUGGACAGGGACAACGAGGUGGCGGUGCAGGCCAUGAGGCUGCUGGUGGUCAUCUCAGAGUCCUGUGACGAUGUGCUGAACUCAGACGACUGCGAGCACAUGUACCAGUUUGUCUACUCCUCUCACAGACCCCUGGCUACUACAGCAGGAGAGUUCCUAUACAAGAAGCUGCUCAGUGCCCCCUCCCUCCCAGAGCCCACAGAGGGGUCAUCAGAGCAGGACAGGACCAGGGAGCUGGCAGACGCCAGGCUUCGAGCUCUGCUGCAGUUCUACAGGGACAGUGGGCUCCAUCUGCAUGUGACGUACCUGGUUGACAGCCUAUGGGAUUCUGCAGGGGACCUGCUGAAAGACUGGCCCUCCCUGACCUCUCUGCUCCUGCAGAACUGCCCCUCACUGGAGCAGGGUCUCAGCUACAUUCAGGAGGGCCUGGUGAUUGACAUCCUGCUGGCGUCGGUGCGGCAGGCAGUGGAGGGCCCCCCGCAGGCUGGGAGAGGCAAGAAGGUGAUCAGCACCAAAGAGAAGAAAGUCCAGACAGACGACUGUGCCGGACUUACUGAACACUUCCUGGCGGUGCUUCCGGACCUUCUGUCAAAGUACUCAGAGGAUCCGGAGAAGGUGGCGUGUUUGCUGAGAAUACCUCAGUAUUUCCAAAUGGAUGCCAGUGAGGGUGCAUAUUCCCAAGAGCACCUGCAGACCCUGCUGACGAUGAUGGGCGCUGCGCUGGAGAGGCACACGGACACGGGGGUCCUGGAGGCGGGCGCCCGCACCCUCCAGGCCCUCUGCUGCGAGGACACGGCCUGGCACGGCCUGGCGCGCCCCGCGAGGGACCAGCUGGUCGAGCGCUGGGUGGACGCACUGGGCUUGCUGCUGGGAGAAACCCUGCAGGAGGACGGCACCUUCAGCGCGAACGAAGAGCAGUCGCAGAACCUUCUGUGGGCCUUGAAGAGGGUCACCAUGUUCCACAACGCUCACGACCUGUCCCAUUGGAAGCUCCACGACCCUGUCUCCCGGCUCCUCAAUGCGGAGGUCCAGCACGUCGGCCUGCCUCCCCAGGUCACUGUGCAGGCCUUGCAGUGUCUGUGCUACAUCGUCCUCUGGCAGCUCAACGCAUACGGAGAGGGGUCGCCCUCCAAGGAAAGAACUCUGACCCAGAGGAGCCAGCUGCGGGGCUUCUGUGAAAAGGCCCACCACUGUCUCUCCCACAGCCACCCUGCGGUGAGGGAACAGGCCUUUCUGUCGGUGUGUGAUCUGCUCACCGCUCACAGCUACCAGCUCCAGGCUUCGGACCACACGGCCGGCACCCCCCUCCUCUUCUACACCCCGGACCCCAAACUGCAGAAGGCUCUGCUGGCCUUCAUCAUGGAGGGGGUUUUUACCGAGGUGGAGAUGGACACCCAGAGCAGGGCCAGCGGGAGCGAGUCCAGCAUCGUCCGGCUGGAGGACGUGCACAGACGGCGCAACCUGCUGGCCGCCUACUGCAAGCUGAUAGUGCACGGCGUGCUGGAGAUGAGCAUGGCGGCUGAGGUCUUCAAGCAGUACAUGAAGUAUUACAACGAAUUUGGCGACAUCAUCAAAGAGACCCUGAGCCGGACCAGGCAGAUGGACAGGAUCGAGAGUGCAAGGACGCUUGUUCUGUGCCUGCAGCAGCUUUUCCUGCGGCUGAAGGAGGACCAGGAGAGCGGCAUCUCCUGCACCACUGUGGCUCAGACCUUCAGCGGCAUAAAGGAGCUGGCCAGACGCUUCUCCCUCAGCUUCGGGUGGGACCAGAUCAAGUCCCGCGAGUCCCUGGCCAUGAUCCACAGGGACGGCAUCGAGUUCGUGUUCCAGGGCUUCGUACAGCAAGCAGAGCAGCACACUCCGCCCUACCUCUCGUACCUCACCAUCCUCAGCGAGUUCUCCAGCAAGCUGCUGAGACCGGACAAGAAGACCGUGUACAGCUACCUGCAGAGGUACGCCGGGGAGCACACCGUCAACAGCCGCGACGAAGCCUGGGUGCCGCUCGUCUACUACCAGACGUCGCUGCUGGUGACGGCGGAGGGCGAGGACUCGGUGUCCUCCGUCAGCUCCGACACGCUCAAACAGCCCUCCCUGCCCAACCCCUCCCGCUCGCCCUCCCUAAAGCAGGGCUCCUCUGAUGCAGGAGAGGUGCGUGCUGUCCCCAGCCAGUCCCUCAAGACCCCUGAGCUGAAGGCUCCUCCCCUGCUAACGUCUACAGCAAUAAAAGGCAGGAACCCUGUGAAACCCAAACCAAGCCACAAGGAGGAAGAAACGGAGCCGCGGGCCCCCGCCCUGCCCUCAGAGGGAUGCCCGACCGCCGCCAACGAGGAAGUGGACGUGGACACGGUGGACGUUGACCUGUGACCCGGCCCCUCCUGCCUCAGCAAGGCCAGAGAAGAAGCCUGAGAUCUGUGGCGGAGUAAAGUUCUUAGUCUGGAACCUUAAGGGCGAUCCAGAACUGUCAUUGUACUUGCUGUUGUGUCUCUUGCAAUGGUAAAUAGACCCAUUCAUGUGAAGGGCCUGCUGUUGGUUUUAGCUGAUGAAUUUGCCUCUGCUGCCCUACACCACGCAUCCUGUAGCAUGUGGUGACAGUGUCCUCUCUCCUGCCGUUUCGGCUCUGCCCGGGAGCCUGCUUAGGAUUUAACGCUGCGACUUGACUGCCUUUUCGAGUAGCUGCCAGAUGUAAGCUAAUAGGCAGUGCAGGUCUCCCUGGGACUUGGUGCAGGACUUGGUUUAAUUACCUCUCCAUCAAUGUGGACACUACUUGUUUAAAACAAACUACUGUGGUAAAUCUGUACUGUAGUUCAGAAGGUUCAUAAAUACGUUUCAUGACAUUUAACUCGCAGAAAAUGCAUACUUCUGGUUCCCCCUGAGAAAUUCAGGAAAAUAUUUUGUUUUCAAAACAAUUGCCAAUUAGAUGAGAAAAUAUUAGAGUUGGGGAAGAAGCUAGUCUUGUACAUAUAUGUAUAUACAGUUUUUGAUCAGGUGAAGUCCAUUCUAUAUUCCAUAAGGAAAGAAAAGGGUAAUUAAAUGGUGAUGUAAAUACAUCUGUACUCUUUUACAUUCUCCACAACAGAAGUGCAAAUCUUUUCAUAGUAUUUGGCCUAGCGGUUUAUGAGGUCUGGGAACAGUAAGUUGAGUAAGAACAGUAAGAAGAGCUGUUGUGAUGGCUUACUGUCUCCCUGUCUGAAAUGAGAUUUGAGCUCAGGACGUUGGAACCGGGUACAAUUUAACUGAUUUGUUUAACAGUUUGUAUAGUGGAGCAGGUUUUUUUUUCUUUUGCAUUUUAAAGCAAUAAUUAAAACUUAAUUUAAUGCUGUGUUGAAUGUACAGAUCAUCUCAGUUUAAAUGUGUUGGAAAGGGGCUUUUUUUAAACUUUGUUGAAUUUUGUACGCAUUUAAAUGGGUAAAAGAUUAGCAAGAUGAGUUUCAUGCCAAUGGUUUUUAUCACUGAUAGAGUAGGCAGCAGUGGUCUUAGUUGUGCAUCGAAGCCAGGAAUCAUUUUCGUUACUGGCUUACAUGAGCCACAAGGAAACCUUUACUUGACUGUUAAUAACAAGCUAAAACUGUUCAUCUGUGGUUCUGGCAGCUCAUUUACUUAAAAAAAACAGUGUUAUCAUGUUAACUCUGUUCAGCAUAGCCUUUGUAUGACAGUGCAUAUUUGUGUUAAGGUUUGUCCUGAAAAAAGAAAACGGCCAACUGGUUCAGUUGUUCAAAAGGUUAACAUGGGUAAUUUGGUAUUGUCAUUGUAUAGAAGUCAACUAAAAUGGAAACAUUGCA